UUGGCAAAAAUGACCCGGUUUACUAACAAAACCGUAAAAAUGACCCGAAUCUUAAAAAACAAGGAAAAUGACCUAAUUUAUAAUUGUAAAGACCAAAAUAACCUUGACUCUUCUUUCUCCCUCCGUUUCUGUUUCCCGAAAGCCUCUUUUUCAUUUUCUCCUUCAAACACAGUUUCCUUCUCCUUCAAACACAGUUUCUUUCACCUUCAAACACAAUUUCUUUCUCAUUGUCAACUACUACAGUUUGCAUCAACUACAACAACGGUUUGCAUUCCAUCAACUGUUCUGAAUACUCCAAGGUUUAUAAUGGCUUACAUUAUUCCAGAGGGUCAGCAUUUUCCUGCAAAAGUGUCAAACUUUUAUCAACCAGAUGUAGUUAUUUGUAAUAUCAAGGAUCAGUUAAAUGAUGAUCAAUUGGAGACCUUUAGUAGAUCAUGCUUUGGCAUGCAUAUUACUCCUUAUAUAGUCCUUAGCAAGCCCUAA